AGUAGCGGAGCUGGCCGCCUUCAGUUGCUUGGGUGAGACUCUCAGCUCCCCCAGGCUGCUGACUGAAGACUGCUCCUUCGGCGAUGCUGUCACAAUGACCAUUUGUCAGUUCUUCCUUCAAGGCCGGUGCCGCUUUGGAGACCGGUGCUGGAAUGAACAUCCCAGCGCUGGGGGUGCGGGCGGGGGACGGCAACAACCACAGCAACAGUCUUCAGGUAGUAACAGACGUGCAUGGAAUACCAGCCAGAGAUAUUCCAGUAUAAUCCAGCCAUCCAGUUUCUCCAAAUCCACACCAUGGGGGGGCAGCAGAGAUCAAGGAAAGCCAUCUUUUGGGUCUUUCUAUUCUGGAGCUUCAACUAACAGAAAUAGGGGGUUUGGAUUGUCUCAGAACUCAUUUGUUUCAGUUAGUCCUGAUGAGCAGAAAGAUGAAAAGAAACUCCUGGAAGGAAUUGUAAAAGAUAUGGAGGUUUGGGAAUCAUCAGGGCAGUGGAUGUUUUCCGUUUAUUCACCAAUGAAGAAGAAACCUAAUAUUUCAGGUUUUACAGACAUUUCACCGGAGGAGUUGAGGCUUGAAUACCAUAACUUCUUAACCAACAAUAACUUACAGAGUUAUCUAAAUUCCAUCCAACAGUUAAUAAAUCAAUGGAGGAACAGGGUAAACGAAUUAAAAAAUCCAAAUACAUCAACUAAAGUAGCCUUGCUCUCUGAUGUAAAUGAUGGAGUAAAUCAAGCAUUACCUAUAUUUGGAUUUGGCAGUGGACAAGCACCAACAUUUGGAUCACCAAGUUUUCCAGUGAAUAAUAGCAGGAGUGAUAAUGCUCAGAAUUUUAGUUUCAAACCAAGCUCUGGAUUUGUCACCACCCCUUCUGGAGGCCCUUCUGUGUUUGGGAAUCCUCCAGCAUUUGGAGCUGCAGCCUCUGCCAGUUCUGUCAUCACUACAUCUAGUCCAACUUUUGGAUUUGGGAAGCCUGAAAUCACAUCUGCUUCUUCAUUUUCGUUUAAAAGCCCUGCAGCUUCUGGUUUGGGAUCACCCAGAUUUUCAGGAUUUCCAACUUCCUCGGCAGCCAGCCCUGUAGGAGUUACAGCAGCCCCAGGCUUUGGAAGCUGCAGUUCUGUGGCUGCUUUUGGCACUCCAGGCUCACAUUCUAACACGGUUUUUUCUAAGCCAUCUAAUAAUGUCUUUGGAAAUAUCAGCAUAUCCACUUCUCUCCCAGUCUCAAAUGACAACAUCACAACAGAUAAUGUAUUGUUCACACCCAGGGAUCAACUAACAGCAGAAGAACUGGAACAAUUUCAAUCCAAGAAAUUUUCUCUAGGAAAAAUUCCAUUAAAGCCGCCACCUGUGGAGCUUAUAAAUAUUUAGAAGAGCAAUACUUAAAUACAGAAAAGAACAACUUUUAAAACUAAUUUUUAAGUGGUUCAUAGAAAAAAAGCUGAUAUUUAUCAUACAUAUACAUGUACAUGCACAUAUAUAUAUUCAUGAAGAAAUAAGCUUUCAAAAAGAACUUUAGGGGUUUUAAACUUUAACAUUUUUCUUAUGACAAAUUAAGUAAAACUGACAAGAAAUAUCCAGCAAGCAGUUUCUUUUACUGUAAUUAUGAAUGGACCUGAAAAAACUGUCAGUGUGCACUAAAUAAAAUACUUUUCUCAUUCCGCAGUGGUUUACUAUCACUCUUUAAAGUUUUACCUUUAAAUUUUUUUUUAAGGAAGGAGAUAAUUUCUGGAACCAUUAGGGGAAAAAUCAAAUAUUUAGCCCAUUUACAAAAUAAAGAUAAGUAGCUUUGCCUCAUGUUAAACAGGUUUUAUUUUCAGGAGAUAUGAGGCAUUUUUCUCUCAAUUUUGGCAGUCUCAGGGACCACCCUUUGAAUUUUCCUCCACAAUUUUAGUCUAAUUUUUAUCUU